CGCACUUAAAAUUGAUUAGACAUAAAAUGACAAAAAUCAAAAGCGUGUUGACCAUGUGAUGUAAUAAAUUGAUGAUGCAAGAUGCAGUCUAAAGUCAAUGCAAAAUCAUAUUUUUCUCCCCAAAAGACGUAAAUUUGGAUUAGUCAUUUCAAAUGUAAUUAUUUGUUUUGUUUUUAUUACUACCGUUGAGUUGAAUUUGUGCUGCUUUUUUAAUAUACUUAUAUCUUCAACCUUUUAAAAAUGAGAAAAUCGCAUCGAAACUAUCCCAUAAUUUGUCUCGAAUUUACAUGACAAGAGUAGCCCAUGCAAGAUAGAAAAAUGAGCCUUUCCGAAAGAAAACUCAGCCUUUCAGAAAGAAAAAUCAGCCUUUCAGAAAAAUGUUCAAAAUUGAAAUCACUCUAUAUGCCGAGAAGGUACAUAUUGGUUCUCCUUGGAAGUCUUGGUAUAUUUAAUGUUUUUGCCAUGAGGACGAAUCUCAGCGUGGCUAUUGUGGCAAUGGUCAACCAGACAACAAAUGCUCCUCUGCCUUCACUGAAUGCUUCUUUCAACCAAGUUGCAGAAUGCCCCAACUUGGUCCAGGAUGAACCUAAAAAAAGCAGUAUGAUUUUUACGGGUGAACAAUUCAACUGGGAUACUCCAACACAAGGAGCUAUCUUGGCGGCGUAUUACUAUGGGUAUGUGAUCACUCACGUACCUGGUGGCAUAUUGGCUGAGAAGUACGGUGCCAAAUGGGUAUUUGGCGGAGGAGUUUUGGCUACGUCUAUCUUCACCCUUUUAUCCCCAUUAGCUGCACAUCUGGAUAAAUAUGCUUUAGUUGCUAUCCGUGUUCUUCAAGGACUGGCUGAUGGCGUGACAACCCCUUCCAUAACAGCUUCCAUCAGCAAGUGGGCACCUAAAGUUGAGAGGAGCAGACUGUCUACAAUCAUCUACACUGGCGUGAUGGCAGGGAACGUGGCAUCCCUCUCUGUGUCCGGUUUGCUCUGCAGUACAGAUUUCCUUGGAGGGUGGCCUUCUGUUUUCUACACUUUCGGUACAAUAGGCGUGAUUUGGUUUUUCUUUUGGUGCUUUUUAAUGUAUGAAACUCCUUCAGUUCAUCCCACAAUCUCUAAAGAAGAAUUUUUAUACAUCGAACAAAAUAAAGACGAAGAAUCCAAAGAGAAACAUGUGAUUCCAUGGAAAGAUAGGUUUACAUCUGUUCCUGUAUGGGCUCUUAUGAUUGCGCAAUUUGGUCAAGCAUUUGGCUUUCUAGUGUUGCUGACAGAACUACCAACUUACUUAAGCACAGCUCUUCACUACGAUCUAGCAUCAAAUGGAUUCAUCUCAGCGUUGGCUUACGUAUUCCAAGCAAUAGUAGCUUGUGUUGCUUCUCUUGCUGCCGAUAAGUUAAGAGAAUCGGAGAAAAUGUCCGUAACUGCAAUUAGAAAGUUGUUCAAUUCUAUCGGUAUCUUUGGCCCUGCUAUUUGUUUACUUGGCAUAACAGCGUCUGGCUGUCGCUUGGACAUCAAUGUAGCACUUCUUGUGACUGCAAUAGCUCUCGAUGGGUGCAUUUAUUCUGGCUACAACGUCACCCAUGUCGACAUGUGUCCAGGUUUCUCAGGAACAUUAUAUGGUAUUGCCAAUGGAUUUGCUUGCAUAUCUGGCUUCAUAGGACCCAUGAUUGUUGCUAUUUUCAUAGCUACUGGCCCUACUCUUGCAAAUUGGAGCAACGUAUUCUACAUGACAGCGGGAGUGUACAUAUUCUGCGCGACAGUUUUUGUACUGUUCGGUUCUGCAGAAUUGCAGUCUUGGGGCACAAAGAAAAUCCCACAAAGCGCUGAUCUGAAAUUGGAGAACAUUGUUAUCAACGCUCAGGUGAAGAAUGAAUCUGAAUUGAUAGUCAAAGUAAAUACUGAGGAUUUGAGGACUUCAAUGUGAUUUUCGUGCCUUGAAAUUUAUUUGCUUAGCAAUCGCAAAAGAUAUAUUCAUCUGAUUUUGUUAUUAACAUACACGUGCUCAAGACUUAAAAA